CAAAAAUAUCAUGAGAAGCUUCACAUGAGUUACUCUAGUGUGUGCAGAUGCAAAAAUUGAACAAAUGAUCAUGACCCCGUUUGGUAUUUUUUGUCACUUGGCUGAAAGUCGUUUUAACUUGUCCAUUUCUGCCAUGUCUCAGGUCCGUUGUUGGAUGUUUGUCAUAUUCUUUUGGCAUAAAUUUGGGUUGUUGGUAAAUUGCUUGUCCUUUGUGAUCUAGUGCCUCACCUCCGCUUGAAAUACGGAUGUAUGCAGUUGUGAUGUAAAAUGAAGGUGAUCGUACUGUUGUCAACUAUUGGAAUCUUAAAUGCCUUACACUGCGACAAAGAUUACAAUUUUGAUAAACGAGGCUACUACAUAACCUGUCAAGACCUUUCGAGCGAGCACCUCGAUAUCCUUCAAAAUAUCACAAUCAACAACGAAAUAAGUCUUGAGAUAGACAACUCUGUAUUAUACAACGUAUCUUCUGAAAUAUUUCGAAACGUGGGAGAAAUACGUUUCCUUACUAUAAAACAUUCAAUUUUUACAUUUUUACCGUCGGAAAGCAUAUUUAAAACUCUACCCAAGUUAGAGCAUAUUACCAUCCAGAAUACUACCUUUCAUAUGAAUGAAUAUACUUUCUCAGGAAUAAAUCAUUUAAGGGAAUUAGUGUUAUCCAAAAAUGGCUUGAUUAAAGUGGAAGAAAGUACGUUGAAGCAUUUGGAUGUCUUGGAGCUUUUUCAACUGACAGAAAACAUGUUAGAAGAUACAGCAAACAUCGUGAUGUGCGAGUUGAAGAACUUGAAAUCGUUGAAUCUAUCAAGUAACUUGAUAGAGAGUGUUGAUUAUUUUUCCACAUUAUGUGAAAGUCCUACCUCUAUGGAUUUUAGUGGUAAUGGUCAUUCAUAUGCUUCAAAUGUGUCGAAAGAUGACUAUACCAUAUAUGAAUUUGAUUCGAAUUUAGUAGAGUUAGAUUUGAGUCACAAUAGGUUAAGAUCGUUAGGGGAUUUGUUUAACACUGUCAAAUACGUCCAGGUGGCGAACCUGCAGGAAAACAUGUUAACUCAGUUGAAAAAUUCCGACUUCAAACUACUUAAAGAUUUGAGAGACCUCUAUCUCCAAAACAAUAAUAUAACUACUAUAGAAGAUAGAGUAUUUCAUGGAAAAAACAAUUUGGAACGUUUAGAUUUAUCUCGUAAUGGGUUGACGUUUUUCAGUAUAACGGAUUUGCCCAUGCUGAGGUACCUCAACUUGGGUUCGAACAAACUGAAAGAGGAGAAUAUCGAUGUUAUCAACAGUACAAAGACUUUGCAGAAGUUUUUUCUCUAUGAUAACAAUAUUUCCGAAGUAAAACCUUAUGCGUUCCAAAGAUUUAACAAACUUGAAUUACUUGAUUUAAAUGACAAUCACAUAAAAUUAAACAAUAAUUCGUUUAGAGGUUUAUUCGAAAUGAAAACCCUUUUUUUGGCGGGUAACCAGAUGAAAGUGUUACCAGAAACAAUUUUCCGAGAUUUGAGGAAAUUGAAAACUAUCGAUUUAUCGAGAAAUGAAUUCAAAGCAUUAUAUCCAGCUACUUUCAAUGGACUGAAAAAUGUGAAAGUUCUCAAUAUUUCUCACAACCAUUUGGAAGGUUUGGACUACGUUUUACUCAAUCCAUUGAAGAAUUUGCACGUUUUAGAUAUUUCUGACAACAAUUUGCAUUAUAUACAGUACGAUUCUAUAAUUUCUAAUUUGCCAUCACUUUCGGUUUUGAAUAUCCAACAAAAUCGGUUAUCUUGCAAGUUCUUGAUUGAAAUAGCUGGAUAUUUGAAACUGAAAUCAAUCAAUUACACAAUGCAAGAAAAAAUAGAUACUUUUCAUGAAAAUGUAGCCGGUAUAUUUUGCGCAAACGAAGAGAGUAUGGCAGGGCUACAAACUGACACAAACACAGGUCAUACUAACCUUUUAUUCAAUACAGUUAUGACUGUGGUUUCAUUAUUUUUAGUCUUCAUUAUGGGUAUUGUUGGAUUCAAAAUUUACAUUUAUCUGAAGAGACGUAAAUAUAGAGCAGACGAAUUCGAAUUAAUUGUGGAGUAAGUUUAUUUAGUGCAAUAGUUGAUUUAAAAACCGUUAAGGUGACAUCACACAUCACGAAAACUACGAUAUGCUCUGUGAUUGUUGUGAUCUGUGAGUGAUAUUAUUAUUUAGCAUUGAAUUCGAUUUUAUGCUCGUCACCGUACAUAAGUAAACAGAAGUAAAUUCACUCCCGUCGGUCUCUUUGAUGUUUCGGGUCCAGAUUUUAUUUUUUG